GCGCGGAGCGGGGAGCGCGCCCGGGCUGGCGGCGGGCGGAUGCCGGGGCGGGCGCAGCGCAGCCGAGCCGCGCUCGCCGCACUCGGGCAGCGGCUGCGGAGGCGAUGAGAGGCCGGAGGGGCUGAGCCGAGCCGAGCCGCGCCGCGCCGGGGGAGGCGGAGGGGCUGCGGGCAGCGGCGGCCGCCCGGCCCCGGAUUUCCAUGGUGCCGGGGGCCGCCUGCGUCCCCCCGCCCUGAGCCGGCAGGCGGGCGGCAGCGGAGCCGGGCACACGGGAUCUAAUCCUUCGCUCUGGGUGGUUCUUGUCUCCACAGAACCAUGUGAGGGACAUUGCCGGGGCUCAGGACACGCGCGGGGGACACGGAGCUUGCCUUUCCCAGGAUGGAUCAGAGGAGGAGCUGGCCUCGGGUACUGGACUCUGAUGGCUGCUCAGUGGCUCUGCUCUGCCUCUUCCUGGCAUCGCUCUCCCGGAACGUGUCCAGCAAUGCCUUGUUCAACACUUUCCACUCGGAGAACCGGGACUGGACGUUCAACCACCUGACGGUGCACCGGGGCACGGGCGCCGUCUACGUGGGGGCCAUCAACAGGGUGUACAAGCUUUCGGGGAACCUGACCAUUCUGGUGGCUCACAAAACCGGCCCCGAGGAGGACAACAAAUCCUGCUACCCUCCCCUCAUCGUGCAGCCCUGCAGCGAGGUCCUGACGCUCACCAACAACGUCAACAAGCUGCUCAUCAUCGACUACUCCGAGAACCGGCUGCUGGCCUGCGGCAGCCUCUACCAGGGCGUUUGCAAGCUGCUGCGCCUCGACGACCUCUUCAUCCUGGUGGAGCCCUCGCACAAGAAGGAGCAUUACCUCUCCAGCGUCAACAAAACGGGCACCAUGUACGGGGUGAUCGUGCGCUCCGAGGGCGAGGACGGGAAGCUCUUCAUCGGCACGGCGGUGGAUGGCAAGCAGGAUUACUUCCCCACCCUGUCCAGCCGCAAGCUGCCCCGCGACCCGGAGUCGUCGGCGAUGCUGGAUUACGAGCUCCACAGUGACUUUGUCUCGUCCCUCAUCAAAAUCCCCUCGGACACGCUGGCCCUGGUUUCGCACUUUGACAUUUUUUACAUCUACGGCUUCGCCAGCGGUAACUUCGUCUAUUUUCUGACGGUGCAGCCCGAGACACCCGAGGGCGUCUCCAUCAACUCCGCCAGCGACCUCUUCUACACCUCGCGCAUCGUCCGCCUGUGCAAGGACGACCCCAAGUUCCACUCAUACGUGUCCCUGCCCUUCGGCUGCGUCAAGGGCGACACGGAGUACCGGCUGCUGCAGGCUGCCUACCUGUCCAAGCCGGGCCAGGUGCUGGCCAGGGCCCUCAACAUCACGGCAGAGGAGGACGUGCUCUUUGCCAUCUUCUCCAAGGGGCAGAAGCAGUACCACCACCCGCCCGACGACUCCGCGCUCUGCGCCUUCCCCAUCCGCACCGUCAACGCCCACAUCAAGGAGCGCCUGCAGUCCUGCUACCAGGGCGAGGGCAACCUGGAGCUCAACUGGCUGCUGGGCAAGGAUGUGCAGUGCACCAAAGCGCCAGUCCCCAUCGAUGACAACUUCUGUGGGCUGGACAUCAACCAGCCCCUGGGGGGCUCGGUGCCCGUGGAGGGGGUGACGCUCUUCACCUCCAGCCGCGACCGCAUGACCUCCGUGGCCUCCUACGUCUACAACGGCUACAGCGUGGUCUUCGUGGGCACCAAGACGGGCAGGCUGAAGAAGAUCCGGGCGGACGGGCCGCCCCAGGGCGGGAUCCAGUACGAGGUGGUGCCGGUGUUCAAGGACGGCAGCCCGGUGCUGAGGGACAUGGCCUUCUCCACCGACCACAAGUUCCUGUACGUCAUGUCCGAGCGCCAGGUGUCCCGGGUGCCCGUGGAGUCCUGUGAGCAGUACACGACCUGCCAGGAGUGCCUGAGCUCGGGGGACCCCCACUGCGGCUGGUGCUCCCUGCACCACAUGUGCUCCCCGAGGGACCGCUGUGAGCGGGCAGAGGAGCCGUUCCGCUUCGCGGGGAGCAUCGGGCAGUGCCUGAGCGUGGCCGUGCAGCCCAGCAGCAUCUCCGUGUCCGAGCACAGCCUCCCGCUCAGCCUGCGGGUGAGCGACGCGCCCGACCUGAGUGCCGGGGUCAGCUGCCUCUUCGGGAACCUCAGCGAGGUGCAGGGCCAGGUGUCGGGCAGCCAGGUGGUGUGUGUGUCACCGGCAGCCAAGGACGUCCCUGCCAUCCCCGUGGAUCAGGACUGGUUCGGUGUCGUGCUCCAGCUGAAGUCCCGGGAGACGGGCAGGACCUUCGUCAGCACCGAGUUCAAGUUCUACAACUGCAGCGCCCACCAGCUGUGCCUGUCCUGUGUGAACAGUGCCUUCCGCUGCCACUGGUGCAAGUACCGCAACCUGUGCACCCACGACCCCACCACCUGCUCCUUCCAGGAGGGGAGGAUCAACGUCUCCGAGGACUGCCCCCAGCUGUUCCCCACGGAGGAGAUCCUGAUCCCGGUGGGAGAGGUGAAGCCCAUCACGCUGAAGGCCAGGAACCUGCCGCAGCCCCAGUCGGGCCAGAGGGGCUACGAGUGCGUGCUCAGCAUCCAGGGCAUCGUGCACAGGGUGCCCGCCCUGCGCUUCAACAGCUCCAGCGUGCAGUGCCAGAACAGCUCGUACCUCUAUGAUGGGAUGGACAUCAGCAACCUGGCAGUGGACUUUGCCGUGGUUUGGAACGGGAACUUCGUCAUUGACAACCCAGAGAACCUGAAAGUGCACCUGUACAAGUGCGCGGCGCAGCGCGAGAGCUGCGGGCUGUGCCUCAAGGCCGACCCCAAGUUCGAGUGCGGCUGGUGCAGCGGCGAGGCCAAGUGCACCCUGCGGCCCCACUGCGGCUCCCCCGGCGCCCCGCCCUGGCUCGACUGGUCCAGCCACAACGUCAAGUGCUCCAACCCGCGCAUCACCGAGAUCCUGACGGUGUCGGGGCCCCCGGAAGGAGGGACCAGGGUGACAAUCCGUGGCGUGAACCUGGGCCUGGACUUCUCGGAGAUCGCGCAGGGCGUGCAGGUGGCCGGGGUGCAGUGCACGCCCCUGCCCGAGCACUACGUCGUGGCCGAGCAGAUCGUCUGUGAAAUGGGGCAGGCGCUUCCAGGGAUCAGCUCCGGCCCAGUGCUCCUGUGCAUCGGAGAGUGCAAGCCCGAGUUCACGGCCAAGUCAGCGCAGCAGUACACGUUCGUGACCCCAGCUGUGAGUUUCCUGAGCCCCAGCCGUGGCCCGGAGUCGGGAGGGACCAUGGUGACCAUCUCUGGCCACUACCUCGGGGCUGGCAGCCGCGUGUCCGUGCUCCUGGGGAACCAGACCUGCGAGUUCCUCGAGCGAUCCAUGAACGAGAUUGUUUGUGUGUCAGCGCCCUCAGCUCACGGCCUGGGGGCUGUUCAGGUCUCUGUCAGCGUGGACAGGGCUCAGCUGGAGAGAACUCUGCUGUUUGAGUACAUCGAUGACCCCAAGGUGCAGCACAUCGAGCCCGAGUGGAGCAUCGCCAGCGGACACACGCCCCUGACUGUCACUGGCUCCAACCUGGACGUGAUCCAGGAGCCCCGGAUCCGCGUCAAGCACAACGGCAAGGAGUUUGUCAACGUGUGCAAGGUGGUGAACGCCACGGCCCUGGCCUGCCUGGCGCCGCCGCUGACCGCUGAGUACCGGCCGGGGCUGGACGCCGUGGAGCGCCCGGACGAGUUCGGCUUCAUCUUCAACAACGUCCAGUCCCUGCUGCUCUACAAUGACACCAAGUUCAUCUACUACCCCAACCCCACCUUUGAAAUGCUGAGCUCCACCGGGGUGCUGGAGCAGAAGCCGGGCUCUCCCAUCAUCCUGAAGGGCAGGAACCUGUGCCCGCCGGCCCCCGGAGGAGCCAAGCUCAACUACACGGUGCUGAUUGGGGAGACGCCCUGUGCUGUCACCGUGUCUGAGACACAGCUGCUCUGCGAGCCCCCCACCCUCACCGGGCAGCACAAAGUGGUGGUGCGUGUGGGGGGGGUCAUCUUCUCCCCUGGCUCGGUGAGCGUCGUGUCCGACAGCCUGCUGACCCUGCCCGCCAUCGUCAGCAUCGCGGCCGGCGGCUCCCUGCUCCUCAUCAUCGUCAUCAUCGUCCUCAUCGCCUACAAGCGCAAGUCCCGUGAGAACGACCUCACCCUCAAGAGGCUGCAGAUGCAGAUGGACAACCUGGAGUCCCGGGUGGCCCUGGAGUGCAAGGAGGCUUUUGCAGAGCUGCAGACGGACAUCAACGAGCUGACCAGCGACCUGGACCGCUCGGGGAUCCCCUACCUGGACUACCGCACCUACGCCAUGCGCGUGCUCUUCCCGGGCAUCGAGGACCACCCGGUCCUGCGGGAGCUGGAGGUGCAGGGCAACGGGCAGCAGAGCGUGGAGAAGGCCCUGAAGCUCUUCGCCCAGCUGAUCAACAACAAGGUGUUCCUGCUGACCUUCAUCCGCACGCUGGAGCUGCAGCGCAGCUUCUCCAUGCGCGACCGCGGCAACGUGGCCUCGCUGAUCAUGACGGGGCUGCAGGGCAAGCUGGAGUACGCCACCGACGUCCUCAAGCAGCUGCUCUCCGACCUCAUUGAGAAGAACCUGGAGAACAAGAACCACCCCAAGCUGCUGCUGCGCAGGACCGAGUCGGUGGCCGAGAAGAUGCUGACCAACUGGUUUGCCUUCCUGCUCCACAGGUUCCUCAAGGAAUGUGCUGGAGAGCCCCUGUUCAUGCUCUACUGUGCCAUCAAGCAGCAGAUGGAGAAGGGCCCCAUCGAUGCCAUCACGGGGGAGGCGCGCUACUCCCUGAGUGAGGACAAGCUCAUCCGGCAGCAGAUCGAGUACAAGACCCUGAUCCUGAACUGUGUGAACCCAGACAACGAGAACAGCCCGGAGAUCCCGGUGAAGGUGCUGAACUGCGACACCAUCACCCAAGUCAAGGAGAAGAUCCUGGACGCCGUGUACAAAAACGUCCCCUACUCCCAGAGACCGAGAGCUGUGGACAUGGAUUUGGAGUGGCGGCAGGGCCGGAUCGCCCGCGUGGUGCUGCAGGAUGAAGACAUCACCACCAAGAUCGAGGGGGACUGGAAGCGCCUCAACACCCUGGUGCACUACCAGGUGUCAGACCGCUCCGUGGUGGCUCUGGUUCCCAAGCAAACCUCCUCCUACAACAUCCCUGCCUCUGCCAGCAUCUCCCGGACAUCCAUCAGCAGAUACGACUCCACGUUCCGCUACACGGGCAGCCCCGACAGCCUCCGCUCGCGCGCGCCCAUGAUCACCCCCGACCUGGAGAGCGGCGUCAAGGUCUGGCACCUGGUCAAGAACCACGACCACGGCGACCAGAAGGAAGGGGACAGGGGCAGCAAGAUGGUCUCUGAGAUCUACCUGACCAGGCUCCUGGCUACAAAGGGCACGCUGCAGAAGUUCGUGGACGACCUGUUUGAGACGCUGUUCAGCACGGUGCACCGCGGCAGCGCCCUGCCCCUCGCCAUCAAGUACAUGUUUGACUUCCUGGACGAGCAGGCGGACAAGCACGGCAUCCACGACACCGACGUGCGCCACACCUGGAAGAGCAACUGCCUUCCCCUCCGCUUCUGGGUGAACGUGAUCAAAAACCCGCAGUUCGUGUUCGACAUCCACAAGGGCAGCAUCACGGACGCCUGCCUGUCCGUGGUGGCUCAGACCUUCAUGGAUUCCUGCUCCACCUCGGAGCACCGCCUGGGCAAGGACUCCCCCUCCAACAAGCUGCUGUACGCCAAGGACAUCCCCAGCUACAAGAGCUGGGUGGAGAGGUAUUACGCGGACAUCGCCAAGCUCCCGGCCAUCAGCGACCAGGACAUGAACGCCUACCUCGCCGAGCAGUCGCGCCUGCACGCCGUGGAGUUCAACAUGCUGAGCGCGCUCAACGAGAUCUACUCCUACGUCAGCAAGUACAGCGAGGAGCUCAUCGGAGCUCUGGAGCAGGAUGAGCAGGCUCGGAGGCAGCGCUUGGCUUACAAAGUAGAGCAACUCAUCGGGGCCAUGUCCUUCGAGAGCUGAAGAAAGGUCACGGGCAGCAAAGGGCAGAGGAUCGCACGGACUCUCGGGAAUUUGGAGGAGAACAAGCGAGGAAGGCACUGGACACACCCCCAAGGCUCUGCUGGAGAGAGCAGAGCCUGGCUCAAGGACUGGCUGUGUUCAAAACUCAUACAGGAUCCGGUUUGAAAGGGCAGGAAGGGAAGAAGGUGAAACAUCUCAAUCCAAGUCCAAGCAAGGUGGAUCGUUUUUUCAAGUGUACGCGGAAAGAAGGAACCUGGAAAGUCUGGAUGUCUCCACGACUGCUGCUUUGCAUGAAAAUUGUUUAAUGUAUAUUGGAAAACAAAACUUUAUUUAAAGGGGUUUUUUUGUAAAAAAAAAAAAAAAAAAAAAAGAAAAAAAAGGAAAAAAAGAAAAUAAAUAGAGCAAAAACCACAGAGGCCAUAGAGAUAAUCCUGGCAAGAAGGAUCAGCUGUGAAUCCUGUCCCUCAGAGCCUUCCAAGGACAUGGCUCAGGCAUUCUGCAAAUGGACUCUCACGCCAAUUGGAACAUCUGAAAAACCAAAAUGUCUUUGUUUUGGAUUCUUACAACAAAUACGAGCACAAGUUUGCACCACACCUUUUUACACAAGCGAAAUUGCAGUUUUGCCCGAAAACAGUCCAGUGGCUGAGUAACUUAGAGGCACUAGAAGGAACUUCACCUGAAUUGCAAAACCAUCACAUCAUCCGACCUGUCUGAAACCCAGCUUUAUCCAUGUAUUUAUGCAGUGUCAAUAUAUGUAUUUUUUUUUUAAAUCCCAUUUAGUGUCGAAUGAGGGAAGACCUGAAUUUCAUUGGUUUUGCCUUUUCCACCUCCAUCCCACCUCACUGGCUGAUCCAGCAGUAUGGAUAUGGUGAUCCAGCGGUGUCCAGCAUGGCCACGGUGAUCCAGCAGUGACCAGAAUGACCACAGUGAUCCAGCAGUGACCAGAAUGACCACAGUGAUCCAGCAGUGUCCAGCAUGGCCACGGUGAUCCAGCAGUGUCCAGCAUGGCCACGGUGAUCCAGCAGUGACCAGAAUGACCACCGUGAUCCAGCAGUGACCAGCACUGAUCCAUUCAGUGUCCACUGCUGGUUCCUGCAGGUGCCACGUGAGCCAAGGCAGAGCUGGGCUGACACCUCCAGGGCUGGUUUUGGGGGUCUCCAGCAGCCACAUCUGAUUUCUCGCAGCAAAGCCCCCCAAACCCCGAUGUUUACGGUGACAAUACUUGAAGAGCCUGGAUGUUGGGAGAGCAGAUUUUGUUGCUUUUCUGAUGGACGUGCAGUCCUUGGGCACAGGCUCCCUUUGGGUGUCUCCGCCAGCGUUUGCCGCCUCGCCCAGGACCAGGACUUGCAUUUCCACUGGGAAAGGGAGAGAAAUCUCUGCUCCAGGCAAGAGCAAACCUUAACCAGCACCCCUGGGCCAGCCAGCUCUGCUGUCGUGUCUCUGUGUCGGCGUCUCGUUGUUCUCCUCAGUUCCUUGCUGGCCCCCAUGGCACACGUUCCUGUGGCCAGUGACAGGCAAAUGUUUGUGAGUGUUAUUUCUUUCAAAGACACCAAAGCUUAUGUGUGUCCCUUUGUAGAGUGCCAGGAGGGGAAGGAAUGCUGUAAAUAUUUCUCUCUGUAGUGAAUAUUGAUACGUGUGCAGGCUGCAGUGGGGAGGGCAGGGAGAGGAGGCCUAAUGGAAAUACAAGAGCUGGCUGCAGGAGCUUGGCAGUGGCAGAAAAAUAAUUCCUGGUGUCUGCCCAGGCAGUGUCACACCAGACUGGGACCUUCGUUUGCAGCCCGUGUGUGUUGAAGGAAAAUCCAUUUCCAUCUCCAUCCCCCUCCUCCACCAUUCCUGCCUGAGGAGCCCAGCAGGGCUCCCUGAGAGCUGCUGGCUUUCCGUGUCCUGCAGUCCAGCACCAGGGGAGGGGAGAAGCACGUAGAGAAAUACUCAGGAAACUUGGUUUAAUUACCAUUCAGUAAAAGCCAUGCCAAGUCCACUUUCUUUUGGUAAUCCACUUCUGUGAGUCUCUCUGAAAAGCAGAAAAUACUGAUGAUAAUAAUCAACCUUGUGCAAUAAGUUCUUGACAUUUACAGCAGCCUGAGCACUGGAUUUACUGAGACAGGGGGAGAGUGGCAGAAACAGAGACUGAAAGGCAGAGCAGUGUUUGCACUGCCUCUUAUCCAAGAGUUCCCUUCCCAGGGAUCCUGCUCCUGCACGGUGAAUCUCAUUUCUGAGGCAAAAAAUGUGCAAAAGUCCUGCUAAAAGUCAGGCACUGCGGAGCCCAGCGCCAGGAACGUCGCUGGAGCAGUCCCCAGCCUGGCCUGCCCUGUGCUGCAGGUACCCCAGGGCAUGGCAGAGGGUCAGGCUUUGAAAUCCUGCAGGUUUUUUGCUGGUUCUGUUCCUGCUGUUCACCCUGAUCCAUCACACAGCUUAGGUGAGGGAUUGCCAGGUCUGUUCUAGCUGUGGUUGUUGGUUUGGGUUCGCCAAGUUCUCAUGGUACUCUGAAACCCAAAGAGAGCACUCCAAAAAGUUCCUGAACGACUUCCAAACACUUCCAAAUACCAGUCUGGGGAGUUAUCUCUGCAGGACUCUCAAAACACGAGUACAGCCCAAAGCAAAGGCCUGGCUGUGCCUCACCCGGGCCUGGUGACAAUGUCCCUGUCCCGCAGCCCUCGUGGUGCUCCUCUCUGCAUCCCUUUGAGAGGCUCUUGUGCAGCUUUUCAUCCUGCUUUCCUCCUCCUGCUCCCUCCCCUCUGGCCAGGAGCAUCCCCCAAGCCAAGGCUUUGUCAUGCCCCCUCCCCUGUAUUUUCUCAGCAGACGUGGAGCUCCCCACACACCCCCUGGAUUCUCUGGGAGAACGUGAAGGAGACAAGGGGACAACUGAGUUCAUCUUCUGUGCUGUGGGACGAUCUCAGCAGAGAGAAAAAUAAAGGGAAAGCAGCAGGAGCACUUUGCAAACCAGUAAACUCUUACACUUCUGACUGAAUCCUGAAGGAAACAGCAAAAACACCUCGUCCAUCACCUGGAAAAGCUUUGGGAGGACAGCAGAGGGAACAGCACAGUCCUGGCUGGAGGGGUGGCCUACAAAUACAUUGCCAAGUAUCUCCUCAUGGUGGUUGACAUUAAUUAUGGAUCUUUACAGGCAAUUAUAUGGAUUGAAGCAACAUAUCCCCCCGGGGCAGAGCGCUGGGAAUCUCUUGCCCUGCUUGCAUCCAACAUUUCCAUUCCUCCUUCGGGAGGAGGAAGCUUCAGAUCUCAAAAUGGCAUUUUCUUCUCACUCGCAGCAAACUGGACUCGAGGGUUGGUCAGGAGGGGGCACUUGCCUUAGAUGAAAUGAUUUCACGUCCCUCUCAUUGCCCCCUUCCUCCUGCAAGGCCACGUGGAGUUUGGAGUCUGCAGUUCCCUUCGUUUCAGGUAUUCCGACAUCAAAGUGGGAGACGUCACUUGCCGGGAUCUCUCUGCCUGGUGUCACCGCUUGAAUAAUUCCGUUUAAUCUUCUGCUCAUGAGCUAUCAAAGCACCCACUCCGAGGGGGAGCGAGGUGCUAAUCAAACGCUUCUCCACCUUGAAAGCCUUUAUUAAAACCCCACACAGGAGAGGGGAGCUGGCAGGCAAGGCUGGCCCCGCCGAGGAGCCGCAGCCACCAAAGCUCAGAGGGCGUGGACAGCGAGUGGUCCACGCUUUGCCACAAAGGAUGGAUUUAAAGGGAGGCAGGAGGGAUCAGCACGGCCAAAGCGCUGGAAACCCUGUGAAAUCCAGCAUGGAUAUCCCUGGAAACCCUGUGGAAUCUAGCAUAGAUAUCCCUGGAAACCCUGUGAAAUCCAGCAUGGAUAUCCCUGGAAACCCUGUGGAAUCCAGCAUGGAUAUCCCUGGAAACCCUGAGGAAUCCAGCACGGAUAUCCCUGGAAACCCUGAGGAAUCCAGCACGGAUAUCCCUGGAAACCCUGGAUAUCCUCUCUGCAGCAGGGAAGACCCACCGUGGGGACAAGCGCUGAGAAACAAAACUGCUGCCACGGCCUGGCUGCACCCCAGCAGCAUUCCAGGUGUGGAAUUUCAGGUUUUUGCCUGAAGGAUGGCCGUGGGGACAGCGGUGCCUCCCCAGGGCUGGGGCUGUGACACGCUGGGGACGGUGAGCGCAGUGCCAACACUUCAUCACAGCAGUGCCUUCCACACUCUGUCUUAAAAUCCUGGUGGCCCAUCCCCACGUCAGUGUUCCCUCCUACCUUCCACUGGACUCCACAAAAAAUGUCCCAACGUAGGAAGCAGUUUGGGUGGGCUCGUGGAGGGCAAAGGCGAGAGGGUUUAAGGCUCUGGGGUUGCAUUCUGCACGCUGCUGGCUCCCAGCUCCUUGGUGGGUCUUGGUGUUCAAGUCUGUGUGGGAGAAGGGUCAGAGCCUCCCCUCCUGCAGUGGGCACAGCCUCCAAACAAGGUCUCAUUCCCAGAAGUGCCCAGGAGCCAGCAGGGAUGAGGAAGGCCAGGUUGGCACGGGGCAGAGCAGCUCCCAGCACAGCCCCUGUGCUGCUCCAGAGCCUCGAGCCCCUUCCCUGGCAGCAGCCCAGCCACGUUCUGCUGUCACUGGCUGUUCUCCAUCCAGUUUCCUGUGCUGUCAGAGCUCACCUGUCACAGGGACUCAGCUCCCCAAACUAAAUGAAACUAAAAGAGACUGACUUGAAUAAGCUGGGCCAUCAGGGAGAGCUCACGUGUGACUGCGCCCUGGAGAGAAGAAAAAAUGUUCCGAGGAGGGUAAAUAACUGACAUCAAAGAUGCAUUAAAAUGCCACAGAGCUUCAGCCAUCCUGUUCCAGAUCCACAUUUGCACCAGGAGUUGCAAGGCUAUAGUGCAGGGAGCUGUGACAUUGUACAGCUGUGUGAGGAAGAGCUCGGAGCACAGUCCUGCCCUUGGUGCAAACACCCAGCCUGGGCCCAAAACCAGACACCAGCGGGUCAGAGGCUGAGGGCAAAGCACCGGGGCCAGUUCUGAGGCCACCUGCAUGGGCAGGAUGGUUUGGUUUUACUGAUGAGACAUUCAGUGGGGAAACAACCAGAGUGAGAGAUGUGUGCGCCGCAAGGACACCGCUGGGAUCUGCUGAGCUGAGCAGCCCCAGAGGGGCAGUUUCAGUGCAGCUUGGUCAGGCUGGUUUUGCAGGGGAAGAGGGUGGGAGGUUUGGACCAGUUUUGGCUGCCUGGAAGGCUUUGUUAAAGCCCCUUCACCCUGAAAACCCCCAGAUGUGGGUGCUGGUCCUGUUCUGGGCAGGGAAUGGAGCAGCGGCCGGAGCCCCAGCUGCGGGUGGUGCCUGGUGCCUUCCUGGCUCCUGGAAGAAAACUGGGGGUCUGUGGUGUGAGCCCUGCACCCCAGGGCGGUCAGAGAAGGGGAGGUGGAAGGGUGGGGCAGUGUGGGCUGGCAGAGCCCCCCUGCUCCGUGCUGGAAAAGCCACUCUGUCCCUCCAGGGUGUCUGUGCCCACCCAGCUGAGGUGGCACCAGCGGUGUCGUGGCCGUGCCGUGAGCACGGCAGUGUCUCUGUGCUUGUUCUUUCAGAUCCCCCCUUGUCCCUGUGUUUCCCAUCCCUCUCCUCCCUUUGUGACCGUGGAAUAUAAUCCUGACAGAAUUUCCCUUUCUGCAGCGUUGAGGAACACGCCCCCAAGGCCUGCAGGGUCCUUCCAGUUGCACGGACAAUAUCCCAAAUAUCCCAAACUCCCCGGGCCUCCCAAGGCUGCCAAAUCAAACACCAGAUCUCCCGUAUGGCCUUUCCUUGGGGAUUUUUAAUACCUCUCUUUCGGAUCAGCUUGGAAGUUUAUGCAACAGCUUCUCCAGCCGGCGUUCCCACCCCGAGGGCUGGGCACACAAAGGUGCAGAGCAGCCGUGGGGAGGGCAAAAAGCUGAUUUUGCCACGUUAUUUCCUGGCUUCAGAAGACGCAGCAGAAAUGUCCCUGUCUUACUGCUGAGUUUUGGUGUUGAUGGCACCUUGGGAGCCGCUAGGAGAGGCAGCGAGGGGAAGGGAAUGUACAGGUACUAAAACUUCUGGAGUCCCCCCAAAAACAGAAUGUAGAGGUAUCAGCCAUGGAACAGAUUCUGAUUUCUUCUUCCCCUUCUCCUCACAGACCAAGCCCCAGCAGUUUUAGGGGAUUUGUGUGUUGGCAGGAACAGGGAGUUGAUUUGUGUCUGUGCCCAUUCCACCACAUCGUUCUCUGGCUCCUCCCCUCCCCGUUAUACUUGACACACUGGAGUUCUGUAUUAUAUUUUUUUUUAAGAUGAUUGUCUGUUUUUUGUUGUUUUUACAAGUGUUGUGGAAAAAAAAAUGUAAGAAAGUUUAAGUAUUUAAAAAUGUUCCAAGGAAAUAAAAGGGGGUUUUGUUAUUAUUCUAAUAUAUUAUUGUGUACCUAUUGUAAAUAUGAAACACUCCUAUUUUGCAAGCCAAGGACUCACUUUGUACUGUUGUUAUAUAUAAAUAAAGUUUACUGGUUAAAAAAGCC